AAAAUCAAAUAACAAUAGGACAAAAUAGUUAAUUAUUUGUUGGCGCUUUAUUCAUUUGAAACGGACGAAAAUCGGUUCUAUCGAGCUUGUUCCGAAAUGAACAACAACAGAAAUGAAUGUAAACACGAUUAGCUGAAAGGCCUAUUUACCUUUUUACAACAAAGCUGACUAAAACGCGCUCAACAUGAACAAAGAUAACUCCAGCAUGCAAAUGGAUCCCGAACUGGCGUUACGGCUGCUCGCAGAUGGCGCCGUUUUGGCCAUAGCAGGCGUUCCAGUGGGCACCGAGUUUGGCAUUGACUUGUGCGCCUAUACCAUAGGCCCGGAUUUUCGCGGCGUCAAAAUGAUACCGCCUGGUGUGCAUUAUGUGUGGUGCGCUUCCCGCGGCCCCUAUGGCGACGCGGCGCCACGUGUUGGCUUCGUGCAUUUCUUCCAUCCCAACGAGAUACUCGUGCGCGAAUGGGAUAACGAGCUGGAGGAGCUGCGUCCACGUCAGACAGCGGAUCCGGAGCUGGAGCGUGAACGCAUACGCAAGAAUCUGGCGCAACUGGAGCGCGUUCUGGCGCCCUACGAUUAUCGCUACGUGUGCCAGUGGAAGGAUCUGACGGGCAGCGUGACCGAGCCGUGUGUAAAACGCUGCCAGCCCGAGCUGGGCACAAUCCGCACCAACAUUGAGCUGCAAUCCUGCACAGAUGCAGACAGGCCACGCGGCGGAGCCGACAGCAUCAGCAAACGCAAUACGGCUGCCAAGCUGCUGCUGGAUGAAAGCGAUAUGCUGCCCCAUCUGAAGCCCGUGGAGGGCACAGCGCCGCGUUUCUGUGUGGUGCCUGCACGUGUUCCACAUGACGCCCAGCCGGCGGAUGUGUCACGGCAUGCCAUAGACUGCAUAGCCGCUGUAGAUAUGCUAUUCGAGAGCUUUGGCAACAAGCCCGAUGCGCUCAUUGAGGAACUGCAGCUGGCAUUUGUGUUCUUUUUGGUUGGCUAUUCGGUGGAGUCUUUGGAUCACUGGCGCAAGUUGCUCGCCCUGCUGGCCCACUCGGAGACGGCUGUUGUCAAGCACAAGCUGGCCUAUAUGAAGUACAGCGAAGUGCUGGCCCACCAGCUGCCCCACCUGCCCGAGGAGCUGACGGCGCCCACCAUGCACAACACAAUUUACAAGGAUGUGCGUGAGCUCUUGGUUAAUCUCUAUGCCGGCGGUCUCAUGGUGAAUGCCGAGCGUUUGAUGAAGCGACUAACCAAGGAGCUGAGCUGGCAUUUCGAGGGGCUGCUCGACGAGGAUCCCGAGGAGCAGCCGGUGAUCAUAGAACUGGCACAGUAAGGCGAAGGAAAAUGGACUCAGCGCAGCGAAUGCUGGGUGCGCAAAUAGUUCCACAGAUCCCUGGCCGUGCGUAUGCUGACCAUAAACUGGCACAGCUUCGUUUCGAUCAGGCACAGUAUGAGGAAUUUGGCACGCUUAUCCUUCAGCAGCGACUGGCAAAGAGCGAACAUUGGCAAUGGAAUGCGAACAGCAAACGUAUUCAGGCUAAACUAAAAAUACCUCAUCGUUAUUCUCCGGUCCAUUCUCCACGACGCUCCACAGAUCUUCGGACUCCAGAUAGGCGCGCACUGUCAUCGACCACGCUUUGUAAUUGUCCAGACCUUUGAGCUUCUCAAUUUGCAGUUGCAGCGACAUUUCUCGACCAGCGACUCUUAGCAAAUAAAUCGUUACGCCUUUCGGCCUGUCCACUUUCAACUGCUGUCUGCCAAUUUACCUAGAUUUUUAAAUAUAGAUAUAUAAGCAUUUGUA